ACUACGUAGUGUGUGUGUGCGUGUUUUUCUAUGUUAUAAAUAAUUGUGUAUCAUCUCAUAUUCUUCCAGAAAGCCUCUUUCAUUAUUUUGAGUAGUAAACUUCCAAAUUUAUGCUUAUGGAGUUCAAGAUUCUGCCCUUUAUUGCAUUUCUUUCUGUGGCAAUAGUUGUUAGUCAUGCAGCUUUGCCUCAGGAGGAGUAUUGGAAUUCGGUGUUGCCAAACACACCCAUGCCCAAAGCGAUAAAAGAACUCGUGCAGCCAACAUCAGAAUGGCUGGACGACAAGAGCACAGCCGUCGGAGUAGGCAACGGCGGAGUGAACGUCAACAACGGAAACAGCGGCACCAACGUCAACGUCGGCGGCCCAGGCGUCACUGUCGGAACACACAACAGAAAUGGCAAACCCGUCUACGUUCGGGUAGCCCCGACUGGAAACCCGUUCAAUUACCUCUACGCUGCCACCGAAACGCAGCUGCACGACGACCCGAACGUGGCCCUCUUCUUCCUAGAGAAAGACUUGUAUGCAGGCAACAAGAUGACCCUCCACUUCUCCAAACCCACAGGAGAGGAGGAAGCAUUCUUGCCGCGCCACCUUGCCGACUCCAUGCCCUUCUCCUCGAACAAGCUGCCGGAGAUCUACAGUGAGUUCUCCGUGAAGCCCGGGUCAAGCGAGGCCGAGGCCAUCAAGAAAACCAUUCAGGAAUGCGAGGGCACGAAGCUGCAAGGAGAGGAGGCGUUCUGUGCAACUUCCUUGGAGUCCAUGGUCGAUUUCACCAAGUCCGUGCUGGGGAAAGACGCGACCGCAGUGUCCACCGAGGCCGACAGCACGGAGCGGAAAGUGUACCGUAUCGAGGCCGUGACGAAGUUGCCGACCGACAAGCCGGCCGUGGCGUGCCACAAGCAGGAGUAUGCAUACCCCGUGUUCUACUGCCACAAGACCGACACCACAGUGGCUUACCGCGUUUCAUUGGUGGGUGCCGGCGGGUCCAAGGCAGAUGCAGUGGCUGUGUGCCACAGGGACACGUCGCAGUGGAACCCGAAGCACUUGGCCUUCCAGGUGCUCAAGGUGAAGCCCGGGUCUGUCCCGGUCUGCCAUUACCUCCCUGAGAAUCACAUUGUGUGGGUUUCAAAGAAUUAGAGAAAUAAGCAUAAGCCUAUAUGUAUGUUAUUUUGUUUGUGUGGAUGUAUUUUAGAAUUCGAAUAUCUACGUAUGUGUGUGAUAUGUGGAUAUAUGUGUGAGUUAUCAGACUGUGAGUCUUUCUUUUAUGUUAGUGAAUUAUUGAAAACCA